AUGGACCAGACCCUGUGCCGACAGGCCCCUCCUCCCCAACACCGGGCCCUUAUCAGGAAAGCAAUUGAGGUUGGAGGGGAGGGAGUCGGAGGCCUGAGGCUCGGCAAGGUGGGUGGAAGAGAUAGGGAAGUGGGGAGGGGGCGUGGGCCCUGCUGGGGGGCCCUGAGAAUGGAGGGCGUGGCCAGAGCGGGCAUGGCUGGGGGGCUUUUGCCAAGCGCUGCCCUUGCUGGCCUGGCCCCUCGAUGGCUCCAGCGCUGCUCCUGCCUCCCAUACUUGCCAGGCAAGACGCCUGCAUCUUUAAUUAGCAAGCAGCAGCCUCCCGAUUCAUCACAGUCACUGUUUAAUUAG